GUUGGUUGUUUCCUCGCAGAAGAAGCCUGCUCUUCCGGACCCUUUGCUGCUGCUUCCACGUGAGUCGGAGCUUCACGGCAGAGAUGGAGCCUGCAGGUCUGGAUCCUGACCCGGAUGAGGGGUUCGGAGCCUUCGUGGCUUUGCACGGUGGGGCCCUGCGGUCCUCAGGGGUCCCUCAGCUCUACUGGAGGAGCCUCUACCGCAAGAUCACUGAAGAGGUUUAUGAUGCUGGAGAAGUUUUUGGAAUAAUGCAGGUCCAGGAGGAUGAGGAGGAUGAUGAAGAACCCGGAGAGGAAGAGGAGGAGAGGAAGAAGGGGAACCCAGGGGCCAUGAUCAGGUGUAAAGUGGUGGUUACCAGGGCAACGGGACUGCAGGUCAACGAUCCAUCCAGCGUGUUCCUGGUGGACCACGCCUGGACGUACCGCGUGGACCAGGCCAGGCAGCACCUGGAGGAGAUCCCCGGCCUGCUGCCCAGGAUGGCUUCCCUCAUGGGGGUUGACUUCCACGGCGAGGCCCCCACUCCUGAGGCGGUGGAGCUGAUACUGGAGCACAUGUGGAAGUACAGCCAGACCUACCAGCUGUCCCAGGGGUCUGCGGAGGAGAAGGUUCCGGUUUGGUACAUCAUGGAUGAGUUUGGCUCCCAGGUCCAGCACUCGGACCUGCCCAGCUGCUGCAUGGCGCCCUUCUUCUGCAUCCAGAACCAGCUGGCCUACACUCUGCUCUGGCCUCUGCAGGACCUGCAGGCAGGAGAUGAAGUUAGCCGUGACUAUGCCUACGGAGAAACCGACCCGCUGCUGCGGCGCUGCCGACUGUUACCAUGGAGACCGGAUGACCUGGAGGGAUUGAGCAGCACCAUCUCUGAGCCCCCAGACUCCUACUAUGAGGCUAUCGCACGAGAGAACAAGGAGCAGCUUCCUGUGGAGAUCCAACCUUCCUCUGUUCCCAAAGAUAAAAUCCUCAAAGUCUUCACUGAAAUGUCCCAAGUCAGGAACAACCUGACUCAUCCUCGUUUCCUUCUGACGGAGGAAGAGGAGGAGGCCGAUGUCAUCUGGAGCUACGAUCACAUCAAGGACUACAGGAGGUUGAGUGCAGAGCGGCCGGACGUUUUGCUGAACCAGUUCCCCUGUGAGAGCGUGCUGACAGUGAAGGACUGUCUGGCUGCUGUGGCUCGCAGGGUCAAAGGCGGCCCCCCCCCUGACUGGCUCCCAGUGACCUUCAACCUUCAGACGGAGCUCCCACAGUUCAUCAAACAUUACCAGCUGAGAGAGCAAAGUGGGGAGGAAAACCACUGGAUCUGUAAGCCAUGGAACCUGGCCCGAGGUCUGGACACACACAUCACCCAGAACCUGGACUACAUCAUCCGGCAGAGAGAGAGCACGCCAAAGGUGGUGUGUAAGUACCUGGAGGACCCGGUUCUGUUCAGCAGAGAGGAAAUGGGGAUGGUGAAGUUUGACAUCCGCUACAUGCUGAUGCUGCGCUCGGUGCAGCCUCUGUGUCUCUACGUCUACGAUGUGUUCUGGCUCCGCUUCGCCAACCGGCCGUUCUCCUUGGAUCGUUUUGAUGACUACCAGAAGCACUUCACUGUCAUGAACUACGCAGAAGGAGCGCAACUUAAACAGGUUCACUAUGAUGAGUUUAUCCCCAUGUUUGAGAGGCAGUACCCUCAGCAUCCCUGGAAGGAUGUGGAAGCUAGUUUAUUUAAAGCCUUCAAGGAGCUCUUCCAAGCUGCUUCGUCUCGACCUCCUCCGUACGGCCUCUGUCCCUAUCCUUCAUCCCGGGCCAUCUACGCUGUGGACCUCAUGCUGAAGUGGGACCAAGGUCCAAAUGGUGAGCGGAUCAUGCAGCCUCAGAUCCUGGAGCUGAAUUUCAGCCCUGACUGCGCGCGGGCCUGCCUCUACCAUCCGGACUUCUACAACCACAUGUUCCAGACGCUGUUCCUGGAUCAGCCCGAGGGCUGCCCCGUCACACGGAUAGCAUGAACCACUGUUUGGAAAUCUGUCCAAUGACUGGAGCAACACUAGGAGAAAAUAAACAUCUUUGCUUCCUCCCUGC